AUGGAAAAGAUGAUCAUUGACCGUGACGUGCCGAUUCCCAUGGAAGAUGGCAUUUCCCUUCGAGCUGAUAUCUACAGACCCAAGGAUGAAAAGCCGGCACCAGUGAUCUUGACCAUGGGCCCUUAUGGUAAGGGACUGCCAUGGAGAGUAGGCUACAAGCCACAGUGGGAUGCCCUUAUCCAAGCACAUCCCGACAUUCUAGCAGAGUCCUCCAAAGAGUUCAUGGUCUGGGAAGUCGUUGACCCUGAGAUCUGGACCUCUUGGGGUUACGUGUGCAUUCGAAUCGACUCUCGAGGCGCCGGGUGUUCCCCAGGCUACCUAGACGUCUUCUCUCCUCAGGAGACGAAAGACUUAUAUACUGCCAUUGAAUGGGCCGGUGUUCAGCCUUGGAGCACGGGAAAGGUCGGCCUCAGCGGCAUAUCGUACUUCGCCAUCAAUCAAUGGCUUGUCGCAUCGUUACAGCCACCUCACUUGACAGCAAUGAUUCCGUGGGAAGGAGCUGCCGACUUCUAUCGAGACAUGACCCGUCACGGUGGCAUCCUAUCAAAUGCAUUCUUGGAUCUCUGGUAUGGACGGCAGGUGGUCUCGGUCCAGCACGGCAAUCCGGCGGCACCCCAUGAUCCCUGGCGGGAUGACCUCGUCAGCGGAUCUAGGGCAAUGGUGCUCUCCCCAGAGCAACUGAAGGCAAAUCGUUCGGAUCCAGUCCAGGCUGGCUUGAGCCGACCACUCGAUAGUGAGUUCUAUCGAACUCGAUCCGCGGACUGGUCUAAAGUGACAGUUCCGUUCCUGAGCUGUGCUAGCUGGGGCGGCUACGGUCUGCAUGCUCGUGGCAAUUUCGAAGCGUUUACCCAAGCGGCAUCGAAACAGAAGUGGCUCGAAUGCCAUCCAGGGAAACAUGAAGAAUGGUUCUAUGUCAACUAUGGCCUGGACAUUCAGAAGCGAUUUCUCGACCAUUUCUUGAAGGGGGAGCAAAAUGGAUGGGACAAGGAAGCUCCUGUCUCGUUAGUCAUCCGCCGACCUUUCAGCACCGAUUUCGUGGCUCUCCGUCAAGAGCAUUCUUGGCCACUCGAACGAACUGAGUGGACCUCGGUUUCUCUGGCCGCUGCGAGUCGGAAGUUGAGCUGGAGUAGAGUGUCGAGCGAUACUACGGAGCAGGUCCAGUUUGCGGCGUUGGGCGAUCCAGUCACAUUCAUGUCGGAACCUCUUGAGCAGGAAGUCGAGAUCACUGGACCACUCGCUGCAAAGAUCUUUGCUUCCUCUUCCACUGCCGACAUGGACCUCUUUUUGACCUUUCAAGCUUUUUCUCCGGAUGGAAAGGAGGUCGAAUUCCAGGGCAGCCUCGAUCCCCACACUCCUCUCGCGCAAGGCUGGCUUCGUGCAUCCCAUCGCAAGCUGGACCCGGUGAAGAGCACGCCCUAUCGACCAUAUCACACACAUGAUGAAAUCCAACCGCUCGAGCCUGGAAAGGUCUACGAGCUUGACGUCGAGAUCUGGCCAACGCAUAUUAUCUUACCGGCAGGUUUUACAAUCGCCCUCCAGAUCGGCGGCAAAGACUUCAAACGACCGACAGAGAAGGACAUGGGUGGCGGCGCCUGGUUGGCUUCCGGAUCAGGACCUUUCUUGCACACACAUCCUGAGGAUAGGCCAGCAUCCAUUUUUGGUGGGAACACCACCAUUUACACUGGCGGUGAUACUCCGUCGUCUCUCCUUCUGCCAAUCAUUCCGCGCCAGUGA